AGUGAUCCUCCUGUCUCAACCUCCCAAGUAGCUGGAACUAUAGGUGCAGCCAUUUUGGGGGGUGCUGAUGGAUACCUAUGGGGUCGGCUGUGUUGCCUUGGGGGAGGCCGGCCCCGUGGGAAGCAUGACUGUGGUAGACUCUCCUGGACGAGAAGUGCUAAACCAGCUUGAUGUCAAGGCCUCAGAAGCUACCAGUGUGGAGGCUUCCAUAGAGAUGUCAUUGCCUCCCUCUUUGCCUGGAUUUGAGGAUUCUCCUGAUGAGAGGAGUCUUCCUCCAGAGCCAGAGAGCCUCUCCAGACUGGAACAGCAAGAUCUUUCUUCAGAGAUGUCAAAGGUCUCAAAGCCUAGGGCCUCAAAGCCUGCCCGGAAGAGAGGUAGUAGGACACGAAAAGGCCCCAAAAGGCCCCAACAGCGUAAACUUCCAUCAGCCCCUCUGGUUCCCGGUCUCUUAGAUCAAUCCAACCCUCUAUCUGCCCCCAUGCCUAAGAAAAGAAGUCAGAAGUCCAAAGGAGACCUGCUACUGCUGAAGUUGUCAAAAGGCCUAGAUCAGCCAGAGUCUCCACCUUCAAAGAGGCCCCCUGAGGACUUUGAGACCCCUUCUGGGGAACGACCCCGCCGAAGGGCUGCCCAAGUGGCACUUCUGUAUCUUCAGGAACUGGCUGAAGAACUCUCUUCAGCCCUGCCUGCUUCAGUCUCCUGUCCUAAGAGCCCCAAAGUGGGCAGCCCUACCAAACCGAAGAAGAGCCAGCAGCAGGCAAUCUGUCAAGGUGGAGAGGAGAAUACUGCUGCACAGGAUGAAGACUUUGUGCUCCAGGUUGAGGCUGAAGAGGGGGAAGAAAGUGAGGCUCCAAGUGAGAGUUCAUCUGACCCUGAGCCUGUGGCACCCCGAAGCAACCCACGAGGAUCCACUUCAGGGAAGCAGAAGCCACACUGCCGGGGAGUGGCUCCCAAUGGCUUACCCAAUUACAUCAUGGCCCCUGUUUGGAAGUGCCUCCAUCUCACCAAGGACCUCCGAGAACAGAAAUAUUCAUUCUGGGAGUUUGCUGAAUGGAUUCCUCUAGCCUGGAAGUGGCACUUGUUAUCUGAACUUGAGGCAGCUCCCUACUUGCCCCAGGAGGAGAAGUCUCCGCUGUUUUCUGUACAACGUGAAGGGCUUCCUGAGGAUGGCACACUGUACCGAAUAAACAGAUUUAGCUCAAUCACAGCACAUCCAGAGCGCUGGGAUGUGUCCUUCUUCACAGGGGGACCACUUUGGGCUCUAGACUGGUGCCCAGUGCCAGAGGGGUCAGCAGCUUCGCAAUAUGUUGCCCUUUUCUCAAGCCCUGAUAUGAAUGAGACACACCCACUGAGUCAGCUUCAUUCAGGCCCUGGGUUGCUGCAGCUCUGGGGCCUUGGGACUUUGCAGCAAGAAAGCUGUCCUGGCAACAGGGCCCACUUUGUCUAUGGGAUUGCUUGUGAUCACGGCUGUAUCUGGGACCUCAAAUUCUGCCCCAGUGGAGCAUGGGAACUUCCAGGCACCCUUCGAAAGGCUCCUCUCCUGCCUCGGUUGGGUCUCUUGGCUCUUGCCUGCUCAGAUGGGAAGGUGCUGCUAUUCAGUCUGCCGCAUCCUGAGGCCCUGCUGGCUCAGCAACCCCCAGAUGCGAUGAAGCCCGCCAUCUAUAAGGUACAAUGUGUGGCAACCCUUCAGGUGGGAUCUAUGCAAGCUUCAGAUCCCUCUGAGUGUGGUCAGUGCCUUAGCCUGGCCUGGAUGCCCACCAGGCCCCACCACCACCUGGCUGCUGGAUAUUAUAAUGGCAUGGUGGUUUUCUGGAACCUUCCCACUAACUCGCCCCUUCAGCGGAUACGGCUCUCUGAUGGCUCCUUAAAGCUCUACCCCUUCCAGUGUUUCCUAGCCCAUGACCAAGCUGUACGUACACUUCAGUGGUGCAAAGCUAACAGUCAUUUCCUAGUCUCCGCGGGAAGUGAUCGGAAAAUCAAAUUCUGGGACCUUCGACGACCUUAUGAACCAAUAAAUUCUAUCAAGCGCUUCUUGAGUACAGAGCUAGCCUGGCUGGUCCCCUACAAUGGUGUCACUGUGGCUCAGGACAACUGCUAUGCCUCUUAUGGACUUUGUGGAAUUCAUUAUAUUGAUGCUGGUUAUCUUGGCUUCAAGGCCUACUUCACAGCUCCUCGAAAAGGCACUGUUUGGAGUCUUUCAGGAUCUGACUGGCUUGGGACAAUAGCUGCAGGAGAUAUAUCUGGGGAACUCAUUGCAGCUAUAUUGCCUGAUAUGGCAUCGAACCCAAUAAAUGUCAAGCGACCUGCAGAGCGAAGAUUUCCUAUAUAUAAAGCUGAUCUGAUGCCAUAUCAGGACAGUCCUGAAGGUCAAGACCACUCUUCUGCUUUAUCUGGGGUCCCCAAUCCUCCCACAGCUCGAACUUAUGCUGAAACUGUCAACCAUCACUACUUGCUCUUUCAAGACACAGAUUUGGGUUCCUUCCACAAUUUGCUCCAUAGAGAACCGAUGCUGCGCAUGCAGGAAGGAGAAGGGCAUUCUCAGCUGUGCCUGGACAGGUUGCAGCUAGAGGCUAUUCAUAAGGUACGUUUCAGCCCAAACCUGGACUCCUAUGGAUGGCUGGUAUCUGGGGGGCAGUCAGGGCUGGUUCGGAUCCAUUUUGUCCGUGGACUCACCUCCCCACUGGGCCACCGUAUGCAGCUUGAAAGCCGAGCACACUUCAGUGCUAUGUUCCAAUCAUCCUCCCCAACUAAAGGGCCCAGCUUCCCUCCAGCCAGUCAUCGCCUUCUGUCCAAUCCUUAGUCUUAGUCCACACAGGACCCUUGGAAUGAAAUCUGCCAAGAACAAAUGGCCUCCAUGCGCAGAGCCAUAGGAACUGGGGCCUUCCUGGACAGUGAUGGCACUAGGACUGGACCUUUAGUACUGCUUCCCCAGGACUCCUUAGAUCCCUCUCCUUCUACUGACUUCUAUGGUCACAGUCCCCUGCGGGCAGGGGGGCUCUCCCCCCACAAAGGCUUUUAAGCCUAAAACUAUGGCUCACAAGUAACACUCAGGCCUAACAUAGGCUUGGGAGUCCAAUUGCUCAUAUUGAGCAUAUUGUGAAGUGGGUAAAGCUAAGUAAAGGUACUGGGUGUUUUUGAGACCACUUGUGAGUGGGUGUUUGGAGAAUCACAAAGACUUAUCUGCAUGAAGGCUUCUGUCUGUCUUCGAGGAUCCAAUGUUACUGCCUUCCCAAACUUCCUCUUUAGAGUAACCAACACAUAAGCCCAAGAGGAGUGACAGUAAUUUAUUGGACUGAAGCUGCUCAUAGUACUUCUUUAACUGGAGAACACCACAAACACCCUACCAGUAGAACAGUGGCUUAGCUCUUACUUGCUCCUGCUUAUGAAAUAUUCCUGAUCAUUGGUCACUUGACCCUACUUGAACACUCCUAGACAGUCGUGUUUUAAAAAUCUUCCUUUAUAUCAAGUCAGAGUAUACCUCUUAUUAAUUUUACUUAUGGGUAUUAGGAAAUCUAGACAUUCUUCCCUGUGAUUGCCCUUUUAAGUAUUUAACAAUAGCUAUCAUGUGUUUCCCAAGUAUUUUUCCUCUAGAUUAAAUAUCUUCAGUUAUUUCAACCAUU